CCGGGUCCCGCGGAGCCUUACCUCGGCCGUGCCCUGAGCGUGAGGGAGGGCCAGGCAGCGGAGGGACAGCGAGCCCCGCUCCCGGAGCCGCUGGUCACCACAGCCCGCCCCGGGCCGAGCUGCCGGUGCCCGGUGCCCGCCCCCGCCGCCCGGACAGGGCUGUGCCGCGCUCCCCUCGCUGGGUGACCCGGGACUGGCCCGGGCCGUCCGGGCCCCACCUGGACUACAAGUCCCAGCGCGCCCCGCGGCGGGCGCGGUGACGUCAGGCGCAGCCCCCUCUUUAGGCCCCUGGUGCCCGGAUGUAGGUCCCUUUCCCUCCCCGGAAGAUGGCAGGUGAGAAAAAGCCAAGUGAGAAGGCGCCUGCUAAGAAGCCAGGUGAGAAGAAGCCAGGUGAACAGAAAUCGACCCAGAAGGCAGCAGGUGACAAGAAGAAGAGGGCUAGGAAGCAGCAUGCCAGCCGCAACCCUGUCCUGGCCCGGGGCAUCGGGAGGUACUCCCGGUCAGCCAUGUACGCCAGGAAGGCGCUGUACAAGCGCAAGUACACGGCUCCCGAGACAAAGAUAGAAAAGAAGAAGAAGGAAAAGCCCCGUGCCACCAUCACCAAGCCGGUCGGCGGAGACAAGAACGGAGGCAGCCGCGUGGUUAAAAUCCGCAAAAUGCCCAGAUACUAUCCCACUGAGGAUGUUCCUCGCAAGCUUCUGAGUCAUGGCAAGAAGCCCUUUUGCCAGCACAAGAGGAGGCUGCGGGCCUCCAUUACUCCAGGAACUGUUCUGAUCCUGCUCACUGGCCGUCACCGGGGCAAGCGUGUUGUCUUCUUGAAGCAGCUUGAUACUGGCCUUUUGCUCGUUACAGGACCCUUGGUUAUCAAUCGUGUCCCUCUGCGUAGGGCCCAUCAGAAAUUUGUUAUUGCUACAUCUACAAAGGUUGAUAUCUCUGGGGUGAAAAUCCCCAAGCAUCUCACCGACGCAUACUUCAAGAAGAAGAGGCUGCGUAAGCCCAAGCACCAGGAAGGCGAGAUCUUUGACACUGAAAAAGAAAAAUACGAGCUCACGGAGCAGCGCAAGGCCGACCAGAAGGCUGUGGACGCACAGAUCCUUGCGCGGAUCAAGAAGGUGCCUCAGCUCCGUGGGUACCUGCGCUCCACGUUCUGUCUCUCCAAUGGAGUCUAUCCUCACAAAUUGGUGUUCUAACUCUUCUGAAAGCACCACAUUAAAUUUGAAAGGAAAAAAAAAAAAAAAA